AUGCUGCGGCAUGAAUUGACUCCAGUAGAGCAGCCUGUAUCACUGCUACCUAGGGAUAAAACAGCUUGCUUGUGGAUAUCUGAUGUUAUAAUUCUUCAAUGUAUUUUAGUUUUCGCCGGAGCAGCGACAAUCACAUACUGCGUCUGGUCGCCGGAGCACUCUAAAUACGACUAUGACAAAUUAGCUCGAAUCAUGUAUUUAUACGACGCUCACGCCUGUGGCUGCAACAUUCGAGGCUCCAAGUCAAUAACAACAUUACAGUUCAGCAAUGAGACAUACGGUCUUAAUAUCCGUCCCAUCAAGUACAUGCCGGCAAUUGUGACUGUGUCUACCAGGCUUUCAACGAAAACUAGGAAAUUCAUCAAAUAUUCCAUAUUGAUUCACAGCUACUGGAUGAUUAUUGCCAUAGCCUUACGUAUCUUCCGAUUCGCAACCAAGUUGCGCGUCUUGAAGUUCAUUCUCACCCUCAGCUACUACAGUUGCAUAUUCGUUAUCUUCUUUGACAUAUCUAUGGCUAUAUUGUACAUUUCUCACAUACAACAGAGCUUGACCACCGGCAUGAUCCUGAGGUAUAGUGGCUGGAGUGUUGAAAUGAAACUGUCUCGCUACAAUAGUUUCGGGGGUUGGCUGCCUAUGAUCGCUUCCAUAUGCUGGUUACGAGGUAUCAUAAUCUUCGGCUUGAACGUCUACAUAUGCAGGGUCAUCAGUAUUAUGAAAAGAAGGAUCUGGAAACGGGAAGUGAAGAAGAAGUUGAUGCUUGAAGAAAAUAGGCCCAUACCCGAGCCUAAGUAUCAAGAACCGAUGGAUAGGAGCGUGCUGUAUUAUAGAACUGGUGAAUAUCAACCGGUGAAGAAAACGCACUUUCCUGUAUUUUUCUAA